CUAGUGCUGUUUUAUUUUAAGUGUAAAGGGUUUACGUGUGGAGUUUACAUUAAAAGCCAUUUUAUUUUUAUCGCAGUGAUGUUUAUGUGGUGUUAUCUGUCUGGACAGAUUGGUAACUAAUUAUUUUAGUCACAACGAACCAACGUUGGUUGCUAUAGCAACUCGCGGCUAUAUCGUCUGUCGCAAUCGAAAGUCAUAUGGUUUUAAAUAAGGUUCAGGCAAGUUGUGAGUACGUUCUAAUUCAAGUGAGCUGGCUGGUGACAGUGGUCAGUGAAAAACAGAUCAGUCAUACUUUACAAGAAUGUCAGAUAAACAGCUGAGUGCAGAUGGUCCAGAUGCAUCUGAAAAAACUUUCAUCAAUCAAAGAGGGACCAAAAUCUUUUGUAAAUACUGGAACAGACAUUUGAAAUCUCCCAAAGCUCUUGUGUUUAUAUGUCAUGGAGCAGGCGAGCACUGCUUGUGGUAUGGGCAGUUAGCGGCAAUGUUUACUGAGAAAGAUAUGUUCGUGUUCGCUCAUGAUCAUGAGGGCCAUGGACAAAGUGGGGGACCUCGCAUGCACAUUACAGAUUUCCGACACUAUAGUCAAGAUGUUUACGAUCAUAUUGACACAAUAAAAAAAGAGUUCCCCAAUGUCCCUGUUUUUAUCAUAGGUCAUUCAAUGGGUGGUGCAGUUGCCAUUUUGGCUGCGCUGGAUCAUCCAGAGUAUUUUAGAGGUGUUGUUCUCAUUGGUCCGUGUGUCACCCCAGAGCAGGAUACAGUGGGUCCAGUCCGGAUAUUUUUAGGUAAGAUUGCAUCAAGAAUAAUUCCACAGUGUCCAGUUUUAUGGUUAGAUGAUGCUGACAUUAGCAGGGAUAAGAGCAUUUGUCAGAAGUACAAAGACGAUCCUUUAAAUUACCAUGGAGGAAUGAAAGCAAAAUGGGCCUACUCACUUCUUCUGCUGCUUCAGGAGAUUGAAGCAAAACUAAAAACAAUCACAUGGCCCUUUUUUGUUCUACAUGGCGACUCUGAUAAGAUUGUUAAUUCCAAGGGUUCAGAGGCACUGUUUAGAGAGGCAUCCAGCAAAGACAAAUGUCUUAAAAUCUAUCCAAACUGCUACCAUCAACUUCACUAUGAAAUAGAACCAGAUGGCUCUGCAAUCAGGAAUGAUAUUCUUGACUGGAUUAUACAGCGCUUGCCUUAACAUUUUAGAGUCUGUUGUUUGCUCAGUUAAAAAAUCAAACUGUUACAUUUUUUCUGCACUUGUGUUGGAUUUGUUUGAAAUUUUAUUCACUACACGUUGCCAUCUUUGAUCAGAAAUAAUUUUGUAUGUGUUUAUUGCUUGCUAAGCAACAUUCCCCUUAACCACAAAAAUUUUUUGUACAUAUAGUGAAAAGUAUUAAAUUAUAAAAUAAAAGACAAUCAGUUUCAUAGUAUUACUAUUAGUAAACUUAUUUUGUAUUGCAGUUUUCAUAAUUUGUAAAUUAUUUUUAUAUAUUAAUUCUCAGUUGUUUGGUUUGCUCAGUAGAAUUUAUAAUGUUUAUUUUUGGUCAUAUAUUAGGCUGUCAACAUGCAUUUCUAGAGCACACAUUUGUUUAGUUUAUGUUCAUAUGUAUAUGUUCAUAUAUAUAUAUAUAUAUAUAUAUCUUUUUUAAAGUUUACACAGUAGAGUUUGUAAUGUUUAUUCUUCUUAUUUUUAAACCUUAGCUGUCAACAUAUUUUUAGCACAGCUUUUUAAAAUUUAUGUUUAUGUUAUUGAAAAGAACUACCCUGAAAAACAAUACAAACUCAUAUUUGAUUACAUGUUUAAUUAUAGGUAUUAAUAUAUUUUCAUAAAAUGAAAUAAAAUUCUUACAUUGUUUAGUAUGAAGGAAAUGUUAGUAAAUGAUAAAAUAUGCAAAUUUUACCUAAUGCAAAUAAGAAAACUAUUUUUUACAUUGUAUACAUUUAAAAAAAAUUAUGACCAGUUGGUUACAACUGUUGAAUAUUACCUGAGGCUAUUUUAAAUAAAUGCAAAAUUAACAGCAGUCCUUUCAACAUAUUUAUUUUAUAUUUUCACAUGAAAAAGAAAAUAAUGUUUAUGUUCUGUACUAAAACAAAGUUUAUCUCAUUAAAUCUGUUGUAAAACUAUUUUUAUCCCUCCAGUAAACAAUGUUAAUCCUGCUUGAACAGUUCACUGUAACAAAGCUACAGCCUGCAAUUAUAAGCUUAUAUUGUAUUAUAUUGUAUUACAUUAAACACAUUUAGUAUUUUGUUAUUGUUCAGGUAUAAUGUCUAUAAUCUCCAGGUCACAAAAUGUUGAAUUAAAUCAAUGCAAUAUUUAACUUUUUUGUCACAGUAAUUAUUAGCCCUAUUUAUUAAUACUAGGGUUUUAACUACACAGUGUUUUCAACUAUAAGUGUUAUAUAUUUUAUAAUUAAACUGACUUUCUUUCA